AUGAGCGGUGGCAACAACGACAAAACCACGAGCAUUCCCGCUGAAAAUACUCGACUCGACCAGCCCAACGACGCUGUCCCGAUGGAAAACAUGGCCCAAGGAACUGCCCCGGCCGAAGAGCCAAAGACUGUCGUUGAUGCCUCCAAGCGGACCGAAAAUGUCGUAUCCGACCCAUCGGCGGCGUCGAUGACCACCCCCGCUGAUGCCGAACAGCACAGCACCUCACAGGAGGACAAUGCUGAGAUCACAUCAAAGGGUAAAGAGAAGGAAGAAGGAGCACCUGUGCCGCCGACAAAAGAGAGGAGUGAUUCAAUUCUGGCAAUUGGACCAGCGCAGGAUGACAUUAACGCCACCCCUGGACAGUCAGACGGUCCUGUCUGCAACAUUACUCUACUUUUGACGUCAGGAAGCCGCCACCCUUAUAAGAUAGAUGCCAAGUAUCUCACGAGGAGGAAUGUAGCCAUGCCCGACGAAACGGAAUCUGGACAACCAGAUCCGUUUAGCAUCAGCAUCUACACUCUGAAAGAGCUCAUCCUGCGAGAAUGGAGAAAUGAUUGGGAGGCCAAACCUGCUAGUCCCAGCAGCAUAAGACUGAUUCAUUUCGGAAAGCUAUUGGAUGACAAGGAACAGCUCAAGAAGUAUCAGUUCAGCACAGAGAGCCCCAACGUGGUCCACAUGAGCAUUCGUCCCCAGGACUUGGACGAAGAAGAGCCAAAGUCUGGAAGCAAGAGCCUUCCAGCCGGGAGCGGAGAUGGACAGCGAUCCAGAUCAGGCGGAAUGUGCUGCGUCAUCUUAUGA